UUCUCGGUCGUUACGUCGUCGGCGUGGCGUCCGCAUGGCCACGAACCAUGACAACGAACCGGCGGGUCCAUGCCGAGUUGCGGGAGAGCCGUUCCACGGGUUUGCCGCCGUCGUCGUCCGGACGGCCCACUUGCACGAUUCGAUGUUCAAACUGAGCGAACUCAUGAAGCUCCAUCGCGUGUUCCAACAGCGCGGCGCUCUCAACGAAAAGCAAUUCGUCGGCCACUUUCGGUCGAUUCUCGAGACCAACUCGUGGAGCUCGACCCAGAUCUCCCAGCUCUUUAUGAAAAUCGACGCCAACUCGGACGGGUCCGUCGACUGGGACGAGUUUACGAACUUUAUGUUUGUUCAUUCGCAGUCUGCACACGACGCUGCGGCCCAGCUCGCCAGCGUCGCGUUUGUGCCAACCGACGACGUGCGUCGUUUCGUAUGGCAUAGACUGCGGCCGCACAAGCACCGUCUCCAUGCCAACCGCGCGUCCGAGAUGUCCUGGUUGCAUUCCAGCCACUUGGCACCGGCCAUUUCGUCAGUUCGACGGUCGACGGAAUGAUCAAGACGUGGAGCGCGACGUGGGCAGAGCUGUCGUCCUUUCGGGCGCUCCAGGACCACAGAACCAACUGCGUCACGGCCAUGGCAUACCUCCAAUCGAGCGGCAAAGUCGCCCUCGCGUCGCUGCAUGGCGGCGUCCAGUUCUUUGACCUCGUGUCUGCGGACAAGUCGCCGCAGUCGCACGUGCCGACAGGCUCCCUCAACCACUCGACACCCCUCGCCCUCUGCACCAUGCUGGACGACGACACCGGCCUGGACGUGCUUUACGUCGGGGACGACGUUGGCGGCGUCACAAAGAUCUGCCUCGGCGCGACCUGGCACAUGUGCGAUGGCGACUGCCCCGAGCACGACACAGUGACCAUCCAAAGCACCGACAUCACACGAAAGGAGCGGCACACGGACCACGUGACGCGGCUAGCUUUCGUUGCAGACUUGAACAGCGUCGUGUCAUCGUCGCGUGAUGGGUCGGUCAAGGUGGUGGACGUGCAUCGCGGCGUGCUCAAACGGCACUUUGCCUUGCAUCGCGGUGCUGUGUACGACUUUGUGUGGUGUCCACGGCCCAAGUUCUUUGCGAGCUGCGGGGUGGAGCGGGAAAUCUUGCUGUGGAGUCCGUUCUCGGACAGCUUGCUCGGACGGUUGCGGGGCCACAGCUGCUCGAUCAAGUCGGUCGUGUGGAACGAAGAGGGCCAAAACUUGAUUAGCUUGGGCCUGGACGAUGGCACGAUUCGCGUAUGGGACGUGCGACAGCUCAAGUGCCUCCAAGUGAUGCGCGACCCCACGCACGGCAACCAGCACUGCAAGCUGAUUUACUUUGACGUGGCGUCCAAGCACCUGCUCACGUUCUCCAACACGAUCACGCCAUGGCCCAUGCACCACGCGGCCGUCCCGUCGGACACGCUCCAGCCGCACGAAGCCGCCGUCAUCAAGGCGAUGUUCAACCCGUCUUUCCAACAGCUUGUGACUAUGGACUCGGAUGGUCGCAUUGUACUCUGGAACGUCUUGGACGGGAGCGUGAUAUCGCACUUCUUCAUGGCCAAUACGUCCAUCACGGCCGCGGCCCUGGACGACACAGGCCGACGACUCAUCACAGGAAGUAAUGUCGGGACCCAAGUCACGUUGUGGAAUUUUAGCAACGGUAGCCGACUUGCCACCCUGUCCAAGCGCCGCCACACGCACGAAGACUCGGGAACUACCGACCGUCCGACGCGACCUUCUUGGAUGCAUCAUGCACCCAUGGGUGCACGAGCGGUUCCCACGUUGCACACACAGCCCGCCCGAGCGAGAAAACCCGCACCCAAGGCCAACGAAGUCACGGGCGUUGCGCUCAUCACCGUGUCCGUGGCGCAUUCGAGCGGACGUGGGUUUACCCAGGCGAAGUACAUCCUCAGCGUGGGGUGGGACCGCCGGGUUUACGUUUGGCACGAUAGCUCGGACCAAGACUACGUGAUGCGUAUGCCAGAGGAUCUCUCCGUCGGCCACACCGACGACAUCCUGACCAUGGCAUUUUGCGCACAAAAGUUCAUCGCGACGGGUGGAAUGGAUGGCUGCGGUGCGUUCCAUCUGUACGUCGACGAACGUCCGCCAUUCAUGUGUAGUCGCACGUUAGUCAUCCUGUGGGGGUUCAAUUCGGGGGAUGUGGUCGCCAAGUUCCCGCUAACCGCCAGCAUUGAAGCGCUGUUGUACCCGCGGAAACUCGGCCUUCUCGUGGUCGUGACAAGCUGUGCAUCUGUGCUGUGGAUUAAUCCCCGCUUCAGCUUGCUGCACGCCACCGUGGAUCUCGCCCCGAUUUUGCAUGCAGACGUCCGCCUGACCAAAGUUGACACGGACGGCAUCCUCCUGCUCGUGGCGCUGUCAUGUGGAGUCGUUGUGGUGUUUCAAACAAGCGACCCCGUACAGGAACCGUCGAUGAGUUUGCGGCAGCUCCAUCGAUGGAAAGCGUACGAGUCGGAGCACGAGAUCACCGCGAUGGAGUAUAUCGAGUCGUCGAGCAUUGCAGACACGUUCGUGGUCACGGCAAGUCAUCUCUCGAUCAAGUUGUGGACGUUAGCCGGCGCCCUGGUCGGUUCGUUUGGAAGCACGACGUGGCGGAUUCACGAUGCGGUGUCCGUCGCGACCAAGGCCCCGCCUCGCGGCGCCGUGUCCGGGAAUGCGUGCAUGGUCGUGGAAGCCGCGGUGGGCCACACCAAGGCCAUCGACACGUACAAGCGCGAGGUGAACGGCCUCACAACCCGCGGCCCGCCCGCCGUCGAUGACGUUUGGAUGCGCCACGAUAUCCACGGGACCCUCAUCGACGUGGUGACGCUGACGUCGAUCAGUCGCAACAAAGGAAUGCUGGAAGGACUUGAUAAUGCAGGCAGAUGGAUCGAAGUGGCCUUUCACGACCUCUACGAAAUCCAUGAAGACUACGUGACAUGGGCCCGGCACGACUUUUUCACGACGCUCGUCGGGCGCGUGUGGCAGGAGCACGCGUGGGCCGCCCCGUUCAAGGCGAGUCGACUGCACUUUGACGAGCAUGGGGAGUGGCACUUGGUCGACACGGCCGGGACUCCUCACGCACUUCCGUCCGAAGAGGCCUGUAAGGCCAUGAACCACCGCCCGUUUCGGUCCCUCGCCCUACAUCGCAUGAUACCGCAGCCCCAGCCGCCUUUUCCGCAAGCCGUUCCACGCACAGGCUACCAGACGCUCCUCGAGAGCACCCCUACGACGUCAGCUACCACAAACCACUUCAGCGACGAUCUGCACCGACAACGUCCGUCCAUGUUGUUUUCCCCAUCGAAAGGCAAAGACGGCCCGAUUCACACACAUGCAUCUCGCCCUCUCGUGCUACGAGAUGGCCGAACAAGCCCGACCAAGCUGUCGUUAGAGUGCCGGGCCGUUCGACUGCCCCAAGUCGGGGCGUCCUCGCCGACCAAAGCAUCGUCGACGUCUCCAGCGUCAUUGUGUCCGACCCACUUACGGUGUCCAUCGCCUCCUCGCGGUGCAGCACGCGAUGGCCCGCCCCAGUCCCCCAAAACUCGCAAAGACGACCGCAAGAUCCAUGCCCUGCAAAUUGCACGUGGCCCCCCCGAUGUCCCCGUUAGUAAAACGUGGGACUUUUACCUCCCCGAUGUUGACAAGACCUAGCACAUGCCUCUCCCCACCAGGCAGUGCACUGUGUGGCAUGGCGGGCGGCAGGAAGUUCACGGGCCGAGCACGGACGGCGAUGGCACUUGGUCAUGGGCGAUGUCCUGGCCUGUUCGUGAUGGUUCGCAUGCGGAAGCCCAACACUUGCAUGGAACAACGGUUCACCCAGCAGUUCUGACCAUGCCCAAGGACAGCUACCGGUAGCACAAGAGCAAUCAAUCAUGGCAGCACCUGCGUUGAAUGCUAACCAGUCGAGGAACUACUUUCGCAACGUCCUCCACCACCUUCGCUGUUGCUCGAUCCACAGCCGCACCCCCGCCGAUGCUGCACGCACAACUAGGUGAGCCGCUGGCGCCACAUCCGCCUUCAAGAAUGCCACACCCUCCAGUGGUGCUGCUUGCGCAGCCAAUGUUCGUGCUCGUGUUCUUGAAUCCACAGCUGUAUAGGUAGUUUUGCCUGGAAUAUUGCAAUCGCAAGCGGCCGUCCAUGACGGGCGUCCCGAUCGCAGCGACUGGCACGAUGCCCGGCAAGGGUUGCAUGGCCCGUUCAAUCGCGGCGGCGUCGGGCUCAACGGCGGGGGUCGGCAUCAAUCACAUCAAUGAAGCGGCCGUCGACCGAAGGGAUGCGCGAGUGCUGGCGCCACACGUCGAUUUGAAUACGUGAUGGCCCAGAUCAUAUUUCUUGCA